AGAUGCUUUCAGUUGGAAUUAGAAAAAGAAGACUGAAACACAUUUAGAGAAGGAUAAUGCAUUCACAAGUACAAGGUAUGUGACAUGGAGGUGAACAGGAACAGGUGAAGAGGGGCGAAUGGCAUGUAGCUGCCUUUACAGGGUCACGAAAUCAACCAUCAUGAAUUUCGCUUUUUGAAGUCUUUGUCUUUAAGGAUUUGCGCUGCCCUGGGAUCAGAAUGACACUAAAAGUGAGUGAUUAAUGAGGAGCUUUUUUGGCUAUUUAUCCCCUAGAGAGACAGAGAACGCAAAUAGUAUGCCUAUGACCACCUCACUCAACAGCCCUCCCCCAGUCAGGAAGCAGUGCCACUGAGACUCCGCCCACAGUUGAUACUCAUAUGGAGGAGCCUUGUCCCUCACUUGUCCCUCCGCCUUUCCUGAGGACACAUCUUCUACAUUCAGGGAUGAUGUCAAGCAUCAUUCCUCAGUGAUACCAGCCAGGUAACCUGUGGUUCCUUAGUUAAUGUUUAAAAAUGAAGAUAGGUGUUUCACUACAGGUUCAUCCAGGGGAAGCUGUGAAGAGAGUACAUGCAUGAAAUGAUUUGAACCAAGUCUGCCAAUAACUCAUACCUAACCGUCUUCCAUCUCCCUUACAUGUUUCCUUAUAUCUUUGUACCAAUAUCAGGGAACUUUUAUUCUACCAGUCUUUUAAUUGUCUUUACAAUGGCAUGGACCAUUUUCCUCCUGAGCAGAAAUCUGCCCCUUCUUAUACAGCAUGACUUUAAAAAUUCUCUAUCAUUUAGUUGUAUUCUUGUGAUGGUGAAGGAUGAGGGUUAUCAGCUUCCCCUUAAGUUUCCAUUCCUGGUUCUUAACACAAAUUUUUAGUAUCUCUGUGGCUUGGUACUAGUCUCUGGAGGAAGAGGUAAAGCCUGAGGCAAACUCUUCAGGCUGCCUCCGUAGCCUACUUGUUUCUCUUUAAAAUUACCAAACAUUUAAAAUGAUCGUAACAGCACAGAUGUUGUUGUUAUGUGCCAUUGAGUUAGUCCUGACUCAUAGUGACCCUAUAGGACAGAGUAGAACGGCUCCAUAGGGUUUCCAAGGAGAAGCUGGUGGAUUCAAACUGCCGACAUUUGGGUUAGUAGCCAAGGUCUUAACCACAGCACAACCAGGCUCCAACAGCACAGAGAGUGUAAUUAAAAAUAUAUAUAUAUAUAGCACCUUACCCUUUUCUUAUUAAAUAAAUGUUUACGCCCAGCUACAUCAGCUUCUGGUCUUUUUUUAAAAUUAAAUGAACUAAUAAUGGGCAUACAAAAGAUACCCCCUUUGUAUUUCCCACCAUUCCUCUCUUACCUUUCCCCCAGAUGGCAUUUGUUUCUGGUGCUGCUGCUUUUGGUCUAGGGCUCAUACAUUUGAUUGUCUUGUCACACCAUUUUUUCCAUCAGAUACAUCAACAAUAUGGAAACUAGAAACCAAACAAGUGUUUCCGAAUUCCUUCUCUUGGGACUAACAGAGGAUCUGGAGCUGCAGUUCCUCCUCUUUAUCCUGUUUUUGUCCAUAUACCUGGUCACUGUCUUUGGAAACCUGCUUAUCAUCCUGGCUAUUGGGUCUGACUCCCACCUCCACACUCCCAUGUACUUCUUUCUUUCCAAUCUCUCCUUCACUGACAUCUGUUUCGGCACAACCACGAUCCCAAAGAUGUUGGUGAACCUCAAAGCACAGAAUCAGAGCAUCACUUAUGGAGGCUGCCUCAGCCAGGUCUGCUUUGUCCUGGUUUUUGCUGCUUUGGAAAAUUUUCUUCUUGCAGCAAUGGCUUAUGACCGCUACGUGGCCAUUUGUCACCCACUGAGGUACACGGUCAUCAUGAACCCCCGCCUUUGUGGCCUGCUGACUCUGCUCUCUCUGUUCAUUAGCACUGUGGAUGCCCUGAUCCACAGCCUGUUGGUGUUGCGCCUGUCUUUCUGUAUAGACCCGGAAAUCCCCUACUUCUUCUGUGAAGUUAUUCAGGUCAUCAAGGUUGCGUGCUCUGAUACCCUCAUCAAUAACAUCUUCAUAUAUUUUGCAGCUAGCAUGUUGGGUGGCAUUCCUCUGUUUGGGAUUGUUUUCUCUUAUACUCAAAUUGUGUCCUCCAUUUUGAAAAUGCCAUCAGCUGGUGGAAAGCAUAAAGCUUUUUCUACCUGUGGAUCUCACCUGUCAGUUGUUUUCUUAUUUUAUGGGACAGCUUUUGGUGCAUAUAUUAGUGCUGCAUUUAUCCACUCAUCCAGAAAGACUGCAGUUGUUUCAAUGGUGUACACUAUGGUCACUCCCAUGAUGAACCCCUUCGUCUAUAGCCUGAGAAACAAGGACAUGAAGGGAUCCUUGAGGAAACUGGUCAGGAGCAUAUCUGCUUUUCAUUGAUUAUAUUACCUCAUUUGGACUUGGGUUUUUAGAUUUUGUCAAAGUAAAAGAAUGCUCAUGAGGUGGGAUACUUGACUCUUCCAUCUCUGUGUUUGUCUAAAAGGACUAGACAACAUAAUGGCUAAAUGCAAUUCGAUUUGGUGUUUAAACCUGACUUUGCUUCUUGUGUACUGUGUGAUGCUUGAUAAAUAAUUUCAACUCUCUAAACUCGGUUUCUUUUGUCAGGGUCUAUAGAAUCAGAGCCUGAGCCAGGAUUCUUUAUUAACUGAUUUGGGGGGAACAUUCUUAGAAUUUAAAAAGCAGGAAAAGGUGGAUAGGGUAAGUAAAGAAUGUAGGCAAAUCUCUAGGCAUAGCUAGAGACUAGCUUCAGCCUGAUCCCAUGAAUAGAGCCAUGAGAAUGGAAAUCCAGUUAAUCCCAAUGGCAGUCAAGGGAGCUGAA